UGUGUUUGUAUUAGUAUAGCAGUCAGACCCACCAGUGUGAGGAUUACAGUUGGUUUUUACAUAAUGGAUUAUCCAAGAUUAAGUGUUUUAUUCAGGCACACGAGCAAAAAUAACCAAUUAGUGACUUUGCAGAUUCCUUAUUUAAAGGGAGCUGGAGGGCAAUUGACACAAAACCCUCCUGCUACCUGCAGUUCAAAGAUUGAAGCAGAGUAGUCUCAAGGAUCUCCAACAUCUCUACUCAGCAGGUAGGUCUCUCUUCAGCAGAGGUGGAUCAGACUGGCAUAUCUUGCAGCAGGGAAAUGCAGCUUAGGUGGCAGCACCAAGGAACUGUAGUGUAGCUGCAUGGGUGUUUGGGCUCUGGGUUGGUAGCUCAGCUUGGAUGGUGCUGACAAGUGUUAGAUAACUGUUUUAUCUUAGCAUCAGGACAGGUAUUCAGUGUCAAAUGCUCUGCAAGGAUAUAUCAUGAAGGUUCUCUCUUCCUGAAGUCUGAGAAAUAUGCUGGGAUAUGGAUGAGUGGGAUACUCAAGGAGAAAAACAGCCAUGGGCACCUAGUUGUUGUGAUGCAAUGACAGAUCAAGCCUCUAGAAAAUUAAUAUUAUUUGUCAUGUCAUGAAGGAAUGAUCAGAGGGCAGCCAAUACCAAGGUGUAUUAUGCCAUUAGAAUGGGCACCUAGGAAAGGCCUGUUUUGGCGAGCAGAAGUGGUUGUAAAGAAGACAGCUUUGCUGGCUUGAAAGCAAAGUGGACACUCACUGUGAAAUAAUUAGAAACAACAUCUUUACAAUAUACAGUGCUUUACCAGAACUCAUCAGAACUUUUUUCUUCCUGUGAAAACAAAAUUCAAAACAUUUCAGUUUUUUACCAAUUCUUACUGACCUUAUCCAUAGUCUGGCUUGAUUUAUAAUACAAAAAUAGAAUGAAUUGCAUUACCACUAAUGGCAAGCAAAAUACUCCUCCAAAGUAAUUGCCAUUGAUGGUCAGUUUUGGCUGAAUUUAGGCACCACAAUGACUCAAUAUCAGUGGAAGAGCUGGUUAUCUACUUAGUAUGGAAAGAAACUAGUGUUAAAGUGAUGGAAAUGCAUCUGUAGCACUAGCUACCUCCAUCUACUGCAUGAAAUAAACUCCCAUGUUUGCUUUUGUCUUGCAGAAUGAAAUACGCACAGUAUGUUUUCCUGGCCUCGGUCUUCUACACUGUUGAAUAUAGCCUAGCUCAGACCUGUGCAGUGGAGUCUUUCUCUGUGAAAGACAAUUUUGAUCCAAAAAGGUAUGCAGGGAAAUGGUAUGCCCUGGCCAAGAAGGAUCCAGAAGGCCUUUUCCUUCAGGACAACAUCUCUGCUGAAUACACUGUGGAGGAAGACGGCACAAUGACGGCGUCCUCCAAAGGCCGAGUGAAGCUUUUUGGUUUCUGGGUGAUCUGUGCUGACAUGGCUGCUCAGUACACGGUACCUGACCCAACCACUCCAGCGAAAAUGUAUAUGACCUACCAGGGACUGGCCAGCUACCUCUCCAGUGGUGGGGAUAACUACUGGGUGAUUGACACUGACUAUGAUAACUAUGCCAUCACCUACGCCUGCCGCAGCCUGAAGGAGGAUGGCUCCUGUGAUGAUGGCUACUCCCUGAUCUUCUCGCGCAACCCCCGCGGCCUCCCCCCAGCCAUCCAGCGCAUUGUGCGCCAAAAGCAGGAGGAAAUCUGCAUGUCUGGACAGUUCCAGCCUGUGCUCCAGUCAGGGGCCUGCUAAAAGUACGCUUCUGAUCCUAUCCUUAAGCACAGAAGCCAGACCUCUUGGUCUUGAAGUUGCCACUCAACUAAUAAUAAAAAAAAAAUCAUAGUAUGGAAUAGUGUGUUUUUCCUGAAAAACACAUGAAAAUAUUGGGGGAUCUUUAAACAGUGUGCAAUAUAAUAGUGAUAUUUGAAUUUUCAAGGGAAUACCUAAUGUGGCAUUUGUCAAUAAAUGUUUUUGAAA